AUGAAAUUCUAUACGAUAUUGAGCCUUGUUUUGGCUGUUUUCCUGGGCAACGCUCUCGGCCAGUCCCUUCAAAAUGAGCUCUCGCAGAGCUAUGCACCGAUAUACGAGACCUGUCCUUCUGGGAUACAAUUUAUUCGCCCGGCAAAGGGUCUUGCUCCAGCAGAAAGAGACUGGGUCCAAGGUCGCAAGAGAGUGGCCGCCUUCUCGUUUGCUUCGUACCUAGAACGUCUAGGCCUGCAAAAUUUCGAUGUGGCAGACUAUUUCGAUCGUCUGCAUAGCUCAAACUUUUCCAAUGUGCCUACGAUAGGUUUUGCCAUUAGCGGCGGUGGCUGGACGUCUGCCUUAACGGGGAGUGGAAUUCUGAGGGCCAUGGACGAUCGAUUCGAUGCUGCAAAUGACCAAGGGACGGGUGGAUUGCUUCAGAGCUUGACCUAUAUAUCUGGACUAUCUGGCGGCUCCUUUGCAACGGUGUCUUUUCCGGCAUUCGACUUUCCUACAGUCGACGACAUCGUUAAUAGUUGGUUUCCGGAGAUCGACCGCCUAAACGGUGUAACAAACAGCACGCCUCACGCUUCCCCUCCGGAUCAAAUUUUUGAGUCUAUUGCUGAAAAAGCAGAGGCGGGUUUUAAUGUCACAUUUGCCGACUUUUUUGGCCGUGUCCUUGGAUACGAAUUCCUUCCUGGACAAAACGGUGGUCUCAACGUCACUUGGUCAAGCAUUGUUAAUAUGACAAAGUUCAAGCACUAUGAAGUGCCAUUUCCCAUUAUUCAACUUGCUACCAUCGAACCCAAUAAUCCACAGGCCUUUGGUGUCCAAAUCCCGACCAAAAAUAAUACAAUUCUCGAAGUGACACCACUUGAAUUCGGUGCAUGGAACGGGUCCAUCUCAAGCUUUACCCCAACGGAGUGGGUGGGUACUUAUUUGGACAAUGGAACUGCCGUAAAUAAAAGUGCCUGUGUUAGAGGUUUUGAUAGAGCUAGCUUCAUCAUGGGUAGUUCCGGUGAUGCAUUCAACUUGUGGUACGUGCAGACCGAGUCCAAUGGCUCUGUUGGGGGCUUUGCAAAGCGCUCGCAGCAGCCCACGAAGAGGUCACUGGCACAAAAGAAAUCGCUGUCCAAGCGGGCUAGUUUCCCUCCGGCGAUACUCGAGGAAAUCGUUUCAACAUUCAACGACACAUUUGGAGAAAACGUCACUGAAUCGGCCUAUGCCAUUUGGCCCAAUCCAUUCGCCGGACUUCCAUCCUCUUCGCCUUUUGUCCAGCAGGAGCAGGAUCUUCUUGUUGUAGAUGGUUCCGAGUCCGGCCAAACCAUCCCUCUGUGGGGUCAGAUUCAGCCAGCGCGUUCUCCUAAUUUCAUCAUCGCCUGGGACAGCAGUGAAGAUGCUAUGCCAUACAAUUGGGACAAUGGAACAAACCUGUACAAUACAUACCUGGCGGCCAACGCUUCUGGUAUUCCGUUCCCCAUUGUCCCACCGGCCACGACAAUGAUCAAUAAGAAUUACACUCUGCAUCCGGUAUUCUUCGGCUGCAAUGCCAACCUGACCACCACCAAGAGCUUGAAUUCGCCCAUUGUUCUAUACCUCGCCAGCGCACCAUAUACCGCCUACACCAACUUCUCCUACUCACAGUCGAGCGAGUCCAGACAGCAAGUCGAGGAGAUUCUUGUCAAUAGUUUUAACCUAUUCACACAGGCAAAUGGUACACUGGAUUCGAAUUGGGCAAGUUGUAUCGGCUGCGCUGCAAUUGAUCGCAGUUUGACAAAGGUUGGCUUGAACCGCACCGCGCAGUGCUCUCAGUGCUUCAGCCGAUACUGCUGGGAUGGAUCGUACGAUAAUCGCAAGCCGAGCAUGAUCAAUCCGUCUUUGCUUCUGAAUUCAUCUGAGACUUUUGAGAAGUGGAACUCGUCUAACCCGUUCUAA